AUGACGCCGCUCAAGGAGCAGCUGCUGGUGGGUGGUGGCGGCGGCGGCGGCGGGGUUGGUGUCAGAGAGGACAAGUCCUCCUCCUCCUCGAAGAAGGCGGCCCUCAAGACGUCGCUGAGCAAGUCGAAGUCAAAGUCAAAGGCCAAGUCAAAGGCAAGGAGCAGCAAAACGGGACCCUCCUCGGGACCUCCAGUCCACCCGCACUCGAUGCGCGAGCAGUCGCAGCCGCUGCGCUGUCCCGCCUGGAUCCGCCUGGGCAAUAUCGAGGUGGAGACCUGGUACUCCUCCCUUUACCCGCACGAGUACGCACAGAUGCAGAAGCUCAUCAUCUGCGAGUACUGCCUCAAGUACAUGCGCGCCGAGUGGAACAUGGUCAGGCAUAAGGACAAGUGCAAGAUUCCCAACCCGCCGGGCGACGAGAUCUACCGCCACCGGUCGGUCAUUCCCAACUUUCACUUUCCGGGCAUGCCCGUCUUCCUCUCGGUGUGGGAGGUGGACGGCAGUCAGGAGAAGAUCUACUGUCAAAAUCUCUGCCUCCUGGGGAAGCUCUUCAUCGACCACAAGACGCUGCUGUACGACGUGGAGCACUUUCUCUUCUACGUCCUCACCUACAAUGAUGAGAAUGGAUCUCACUUUAUCGGCUACUUCAGCAAGGAGAAGUUCAGCUCGAAGCGCUUCAACGUCAGCUGCAUCGUCACCCUGCCCUGCUACCAGCGCUGCGGCUUUGGCCGCUUCCUCAUUGAGUUUAGCUACCUGCUCUCGAGGCGGGAAGGAGUGGUGGGCACGCCGGAGAAGCCCCUCUCCGAGCUCGGGAAGCUCUCCUACCUCAGCUACUGGAAGGCGAAGAUCUACGACUACUGGAAGGCGAAGAUCUACGAGUACGUGCAGCGGCGGUGGGAGGAGGCGGAAGAAGAGGAAGAGGUUGAAGAAACGGAAGAUAAAGAUGAGAAAGAGGUCAAAGAAGAGGACCAUCUCAAAGUUCAAAAAGAGGAGGAGGAUCCUUUCGCCAAUCCAAAGGCGGGACCAAGCACUGAAGCUGUUCAGCCUGCUGCUGCUGAACCUUCAGCACUGGAAAAACCAAAGACUAAAGGUGGUCGGCGGCGGCUCUACGUGGACGUGCAGACGAUCAGCGACGAGACGGGCAUCAACGUCAACGACAUUGCCUCCGCCCUCCAGUGGGCGGAGGUGAUUGAGCGCGUCGAGGGCGGCGGCGGCGCCGGUGCCGGUGAUGAUGAGGAAGGGUAUGAAGGCAGCUGGCGCCUGCGCUUCAACCCCGCCGACGUGGAGCGCGUCCUGAAGAAGCCCCGGAUCGAGCUGCUCGAGGACCGCCUCAUCUGGUGGCCGCCCGUCAGCCUCGAUCCAAUCUACUACGAGGACGACACCGCCGAGGUGUACAACGUUCUCUACGAGAUUGAGCGCGACGACGGCCGCGAGCAGCUGAUGGUGCUGGACGAAAGUGGCAACCCGAUACCGAACGCCGGUGGGCGACCGCCCGGCCCCCUAGACAAGAUCAACGGCAUCCUCAAUGCGCCCGGCUCG